UCCCCGCUUCCUUACAUGGUCACAGCCGGGCCUCCCUCUCCCGGACGUCCCCCCCUCCCCCGCUCUCUCCCGCCCCCCAACCGGACACAGCCCCCGCCCUGCUGCUACCCCUCAGCCAGGCAGCCCGGCACCCCAGCCAUGGAGGACCUGGAUGCUCUUUUGUCUGACCUGGAGUCUACAACAUCCCACAUCCCUCGGGCUGGGGCUCUUAGGGACCAGCCCCAAGAAGCCACUCCGGCUCCUCCUCCCUAUACCCAGCAACAACAGAAGGUGGCCAGGGAAACCUCUGGGGCCUCAGGAGACAAAGACCAUCUCUACAGCACUGUGUGCAAGCCUCGGUCCCCAAAGCCUGCGGCACCUCCAUUCUCCUCCAGUGGUGUCCUCGGUGCUGGGCUCUGUGAGCUGGACCGCCUACUGCAAGAGCUCAAUGCUACCCAAUUCAAUAUCACAGAUGAAAUCAUGUCCCAGUUCCCAUCCAGCAAGGCCGCUGAUGGAGAACGAAAGGAAGAACAAUCGGAGGAAAAGAAAAGGCCUACCAUGUAAGGCUCUGGGACGUAGAAUGGGAAGGCUACAUACCCCCCUAGCCCAACGCCUCCGCUGCCCAAACCUUCGGCCACCUCAGCUACCUUGGAAUUGGACAAGUUGAUGGCUUCUCUUUCCGAUUUCCGCGUCCAGAACCAUCUUCCUGCCUCUGGGUCUACCCCCAAACCAGAACUGAGCUCAGUGAGUGAUACCACACCACCCACCACCACCUCGGGGCCCGCCACGGAGGGCAGUCUGGACACCAUGCUGGGCUUGCUUCAGUCAGACCUCAGUCGACAGGGAGUCCCCACCCAGGCCAAGGGCCUUUGUGGUUCCUGCAAUAAACCCAUUGCUGGGCAGGUGGUGACAGCUCUAGGCCGGACCUGGCACCCGGAGCACUUUUUAUGCGGAGGGUGCUCCGUGGCUCUGGGAGGCAGCAGCUUCUUUGAAAAGGAUGGGGCCCCUUACUGCCCUGAAUGCUACUUCGAGCGCUUCUCCCCGCGCUGUGGUCUCUGCAAUCAGCCCAUUCGCCACAAGAUGGUCACCGCCUUAGACACCCAUUGGCACCCUGAACAUUUCUGCUGCGUCAGCUGCGGGGAACCGUUUGGGGAAGAGGGGUUCCACGAGCGGGAGGGUCGCCCGUAUUGCCGCCGGGAUUUUCUGCAGCUGUUCGCCCCACGCUGCCAAGGUUGCCAGGGUCCGAUCCUGGAGAACUACAUCUCGGCUCUGAGUGCACUCUGGCACCCGGACUGCUUCGUCUGCAGGGAGUGCUUUACGCCCUUCUCGGGAGGCAGCUUCUUCGAGCACGAGGGGCGCCCGCUCUGCGAAAGCCACUUCCACGCCCGGCGCGGAUCCCUCUGCGCCACCUGCGGCCUCCCGGUCACCGGCCGUUGCGUUUCGGCGCUGGGACGCCGCUUCCACCCGGACCACUUCACCUGCACCUUCUGCCUGCGCCCGCUCACCAAGGGGUCCUUCCAGGAGCGCGCGGACAAGCCCUACUGCCAGCCCUGCUUCCUCAAGCUCUUUGGUUGAGCCCCCACCCACUCGGCCACGAGGAGGUCCCGCCGCAAGGAUAGAACCCCAUUCCAAGAAAGGCCUUCCCCUUUAAAAAGAGCCCGGUGCGAGGAGGCUGCACACCGAGGGAAGGCCCGCCCUCCCCCCACAAAGCUGGUUCCAGAUUAGACUACGUUCCUAGUGAGGCCCGCCCGGGGUAGAUCCCUGUCCAAAGAGAGGUCCUUUCCCUCCCCCAGCCUGGCUCAAGAAUAGAGCACAUUCCCAGAACACUUUGCCUUUUAAUUAGAGCCCAGUGCCAGCGGACUCCCAUCCCUUAAGUAGACUCCAGGCCAAAGGGAGCUCGGAUCCUUCCCCCGGUUUAAGAAUGGACCAAGGCUCCAGGUGCCCUUUAAAUAGAACCCGGGCCCAGGAGGUCCACGCCUAUCAUAUACGGGGACCACCUCGAGGGAGGUGUUCUCCCUCCUCCAAAAAACAAGGCUUCUUGGUCCUUCUCAGAAGCAGCCCAACUCUUCCCUGAAGCUCCAUCCCUCUGGGGUACGUGAAUGGAGAGACAAAGGAAUGUCUAGAGAAUUCCCUUCUUGGAAGGGAUGGGGAGGGGGAAGUGAAGCCACUCCGCAGGAAUAGACGUUCAGGGUUGAGGGCUCUUGUAGGGCUCCCCAGCUGUGGGUAAUAGGAUCCCUCUCUAGGUUUGAACGCACUUACGUCUUACUAAGGAAGGAAAGCGCUUAAGGGAAAGGGACCAAGUCCUAGAAAUCUGCGGCUCCGGGUUGUGCCUCACAGUACUGUCUGAGUGUCCUGAGUGUCCCUCACUGCCGUCCUCACCUAUCUCUAUAUAAAUACACCUUUCACCAACUGGCUUCCAUUGUGAUUUAGCUGCCGAUUCUUAUUCUUUUCCUUCUGAAUCACACCCUUAAUGUGAACCCAGAAACAUAAACUAUGGAAUCUUCACACCCAAUCAGACAACUUGAGCUACAAAAUUCCUUCCAGACUAGCCUGUCUCUUUUUACAGGGGGGGGGGGGGGGGGAGCAGACGCAGAAAGGAGGAAGGGAUUAUUUCCGACUAGAACCCACUUCCACUUCCCUAUAUCCUGGCUUUCUGCCUAUCCAUUCAUUAAUUCAAUACAUUUCUGAGCACUCCCCACUCUAUGCUAGUCUUAGCCAUUGUCCAAUUAGGUCCUCUGUGGUAGAAGAGGUAGAGAGAAGGAUUGGUUACUGAAGAAUGCACAAACUCUAAUUAUAAAUGUAGAGGACUGUGGGUAUGUGAUGCAGGCCUAUAGAGAGACCUCCCCUGCCCCUCAGUCUGGCUUGUUCCCUUACUAAUUCUCCCUCAUCAGGUUCCAAGGCAGUCUACUGGAGGUUUUGAAUUCUUUUAUUACCAAAAUUGCAGAAAUUCUCUCUUUAAAUGGCUGACACCUCACUUUCACCCCGGAAUUAGACCACAGAAAUCUCUUCUCCUGUGAGCUAGCUUUCCUUCUCUCAAGCUACACACUUAAAGGCUCAGAAAAAACAAUCACUGUUAAUAGGCCUGUAAUUUAUUACCAGUAUCAAAUAAUAAACACCAACACCUAAAACAAG